AUGUCGUUGAUCUCAGAGGACAUGUCAGAUAAGGACGAUGUUUCAAGGUUGAAACAAGUCAAGGAAUCUGAACCGCUACAAGAGGCUUGGGACCAGUGGAAAGAAACACGCAAGCUGUUAGACGAGACAAACGCGCUUUUGUCUGACCCAGAUCCGUCUAUGAGGGCUAUGGCCUCUGAGGAAUCCACCGCUCUGAACUCUACGCUUCAAACGCUCGUCGAAUCCACCUUCCCGUCUCUCCUGCUUCCACCGUCACCAACCGCCCAACUUUCAGCCCUUUUGGAACUCAAGUCAGGUGUUGGAGGCAGCGAGUCGAGUUUAUUUGCUGGGGACUUGCUGAGGAUGUACCAGAGAUUGGCAGUUCAGAGAGGGUGGAAGGCUGAAAUUGCGGCGAAGAACGAUACGGAUGACGGUGGUGUUAAGGAUGUGAUUAUGGAGAUCAAGGGUGUAGGAGCGUAUGAUGCACUGAGAUGGGAGAGUGGUGUCCAUCGUGUCCAGAGAGUGCCAGCGACGGAGUCCAAGGGCAGAGUCCAUACGAGCGCUGUUGCUGUUUUGGUUCUUCCGUUGGUGGAAGAGAACGAUACUCAUGGAGAGGAUUUAUUCAAAAUGGAGGACGUUAAAAUCGAAGUAAUGCGUGCUCGGGGUGCUGGUGGACAGCACGUCAACAGAACGGAAUCCGCUGUGCGAUUGACCCACAUACCCAGUGGAAUCACUGUCUCAAUGCAAGAUGAGCGAAGUCAGCAUCAGAAUCGACGGCGCGCGUUCCAAGUGCUUCGUUCAAGGCUGCUAGACCAAAAGAUCCACAGAGAAAUGGCUGAACGACGAGCGACGCGUCGCAAUCUCGUCAGUGGCUCGGAUAGAAGCGACAAGAUUCGAACAUACAACUUCCCUCAGGAACGCGUUACUGACCAUCGUAUUGGACUGACACUUACCAAUCUCUCGUCUGUCCUUGAAGGCGAAGGUCUGGAGGACUUCAUUGACGCCAUUCAGAAACACCAGAACGAGACAGCUAUGGAAGAAAUGAUGGAUAUAGACUAG